CAGGGGUGUGAUCUCAAGGUAGUUCCUCGGAUUAUCCUGAGCAGUUGCAGUGGCAGUGGCUGCACUCUAAACUGGGGGAGCAGGAUUGUUACUCUGGAGUUACUGCCUCUCAAUUGAAGAUUUGGUUAAAUCACACAAGAGAUGCUGAGAAGUAACUGAGUAGGAAUACCAAUGAUUAACUGUUUACACAGGUGAUAAAACAUAGGUUAACAUGGGCAAUGCAAAGGGGAACAUUUUUUCUUUGAUCCUGGCUACUGUGGUUCUGACCAUGUUGCUCUUAGCCGACAUACUGGAGGCUAACGUUCUUCGCCGGCUCUUGAAAAGGGAAGUUGAUGAAGACAAAAUAGCUGUGGAGCCCAAAGAAGCAAACAAUUUUUUAAGCAAAUUGAUACGCUCAAAACGACAUACAAAAUGGCAUCAAUUUUCCCCUGAUUUCUGGAAGGCAUAUCAGCAUUUUUCUGACAUAGGAUUUGAUGAAGGAGUAUAUGAAAUGGACAGAACGUAUCUGCAAUAUAUUCAAGCCAAGAAUAGAGAUGAAUCUGCCCGGUCACAUCAAGCACUUCUGCAGCAUCUACGGGAAGCGGAAUGUGACACCACAAAAGAUCCUGAAUGUCAGACUGCCAGUGUUCUUCACAAACGUUUACUUGCCGUUCAGAAGGCAUGCGAUCCCUACAGAGAUCCGCAUUGCAGGACGGAACCUCCUCCGUGUGAUCCAAUCAGGGAUCCAUAUUGCAGCCCCAGGGCACUCUCCUGCGACCCAAAGAUAGACCCCUAUUGCAGAGCAGAGUCACCCUCCUGUGAUCCCAGGAGGGAUCCAUAUUGCAGAGCAGAAUCAUACCCUUGUGAUCCACGGAGAGACCAGUACUGUAACGUUGAGCGCUGCGAUCCAUACAGGGACCCCAGCUGUAAAACUCAAUUGCAACCGUGUGACCCGCAGAAAGAUCGUCAUUGCAUCCCGGAAUUACAUUCUAGGCAGUUAGCACCAUUCCCAUGUGAUCCGCGAUACGACUCAAAGUGUAAUCAGCAGUCGUACUCUUAUGCACAAUAUGCUGAAUUGGUGAACAAGUACUGUAACCCCUACGACCCAGAGAGCCCUCACUGCCAGGCUUUGGUUGCAUACCUCAAGCAAACGUGUGAUCCCUACACGGAUCCAAACUGCUUUCCAAGGUCAAAGGAGGAAGUGCAUUCUGCCUGUGACCCCUACUGCCGCUCUGCUGUGGCUGUGUCUAAAACUCCAUAUGGUUGUGACCCAUACUAUGACCGCAACUGCCAUUCGGCAUUCCACCCCAAGGACGAGCCUGCCCCAGACACAGACACAGAGUGCGACCCCAGGUCUGGCCGUAGCUGUAGUCCCGACACACAUGAAUAUGGUGCUGACAACGAGUUUCGCUGUGAUCCAUAUUAUGAUGCCAACUGUCGUCAAAAUGUGAAAUCCAUUGACCGAGUUGGCAGGCCGCAAGCGUCGUAUACAGGCCGGACGAAGGAAGGGUAUUCCUGUGACCCCUACUCUCAUCCCGACUGCUAUCCCGUCCGUAAUUCCCAAACUGCCAUUGCUUGUGAUCCGUCCGAUGCUGACUGUCUUGGAAAUGAGGAAAAUAAUCAUGUACCGGAACACGGCCGAAAUUGUGACCCUACGCGUGAUCCUUAUUGCCGUGAAACAGCAGCCACGGAGAAUUGUGACCCGUACACAGAUCCCGAGUGUAACGCCCGAUACCAGGCUAGGGAACAACAAAGAAGAGACUCGGAGAGCUGUGACCCGUACACAGAUCCCGAGUGUAACGCCCGAUACCAGGCUAGGGAACAACAAAGAGACUUAGAGAACUGUGAUCCACACACGGAUCCCGAGUGUUUUUCCCGAUACCAGGCCAGGCUGCGACAAAGAGGAGACUCGGAGAGCUGUGAUCCACGCACUGAUCCCGAAUGCAGAUCACAAUCCAGGGAUAGUGAAGAGCACAGAGUGGACAUGGAGAAUUGUGACCCGUAUUCUGAUCCCGAGUGUUAUUCCCGGCACCAAGCUAGACAGCAACAAAGAGGAGACUCGGAGAGUUGUGAUCCACGCGCUGAUCCCGAGUGCAGAUCACAAUCCAGGUCUAGAGAACACCAGAGAGUGCCCACAGAGAACUGUGACCCGUACACUGAUCCCGAGUGUUAUUCCCGGCACCAAGCUAGACAGCGACAGAGAGAAGACACUGAAAAUUGUGACCCGUACACUGAUCCCGAGUGUUAUUACUCUCUAUAUUACGCCAGGGAAAAGCAGAGAGCUAGUGCGGAGAAUUGUGACCCGUCCGCUGGUCCUGAGUGCGAAUCCCAAUCCCGCACUUGGGAGCAAGAAAGAGGAGCCACGGAGAACUGCGACCCUUCCAGGGAUCCCGGUUGUCAACUUAAAACGCCUUCAAGAGAGCAAGAGGGAAUAGCCACUGAGAAGUGUGAUCCCUACACUGAUCCUGGGUGUUAUUCCCGAUCACAUGCCAGGGAGGAAGAAAGAACAGCAGCAGAGAAUUGUGACCCUAACACUAACCCUGCAUGUAAUUCCCAACCCCAUAGUAAACAGCAAGAGAGAACGGACGUAGAUAAGUGUGACCCGUACACUGAUCCUGAAUGCUACUAUUCCUUAUACCGGGCUAGAGAGCAGGAAAGAACGACUACAGGAAACUGCAAUCCUAAUUUUGAAUCAGAUUGUAAUGGAUACGAGUCUCACGUGAACGAGCAAUACCGGACAGCCAUUGAAGAUUGUGACACAAACUAUGACCCCAACUGCAACAACCGACCAACUAACUCAAAUGAAUCAAAUCGCGAUUGCCCAUCUGACCUGGAUCCUGAUUGUAGCGGCACUCCUUCCCACAGCAGUGAGAAAACAGAUACCGAAGAAUGUGACCCUUAUGACCCUUACUGUGGUAGAGUGGCAAUGGAUUCUCAUCCAUCAGAGAAGGCUUGUGACCCUGACUACGAUCGUGAUUGUGCCUCAUCUGAGUCUCACGAGGAUGACCAAGCGCACAAAGAAGACUGCGACCCGAUCUAUGACUCCAGCUGCCACAAUGAAGAGGAGGAUGUGUAUGAAACAGACUCUGACUGUGAUCCCGACUAUGAUGUCGAAUGCCAUGUGCAGCGAUUCGCCUUUAAGGAUGAAGAGCUCGAUUCCCAAGACAGGGGACGCUAUGAAAUGAUCUGUGAUCCAGAUCUUGAAUACUCAUGUCCUUUCGAGAAUGAUGUCAAUGAUGUGACAACAUCUUACGAUGACUAUCACCCGGAAUAUAACCCUUACAGUGCAGGGUAUGAUAAACUUUAUCAAGGCGAUCAGGAGACAGAUGGAACUGAAAAGGAAGAUGAUUCCCAAGGAAAUCCAAAUGAAUCUGAAGAUAAAAUUUAAAUUUCUUUACCUUUUUAGCUUUGGACAAAAAGCUAUUUAUAAUGGUUUUAUUCAUAUUGUAUGUCUUUGUAAAAUGUUAGAACAUGGAAGGGAUAUUGAUCAAAAAGCAUUGGUUUAAGUAAAUGAAAUACUUCGUUUCUCACUAAUCUGUGUCAGAGCCAGGUGUUUUACAGGAAUUCUUGAAUGCAGCAUUUUUCAAUAUGUUGAUCAUAAACAGAGUAGAUAUCUUAAAAUAUAAUUGGCCACCAAAGAUAUACUCUUUCAUAGACUAAUGUAGUAACAACAGCUAAAUCAUGUACAAUCCUAGGAAGAUUUUGAUGGUUCUUUAUGAUAUAGCUUCCAUAUUAUGAAAAAACAAUAAACAUUUUUAUUUUGUUUGUUUUAUUUCUUGUAAGGUAUCAGCAUAUGCAAAUAAAAAAAUGUGUUGAUUUCUC